CAAGGGCAGUUAACAAUUGUGUUUUCCGCGAGACUUUAUCUAUAACUAUGUGUUUUAUUGGCGAACAACUCAUUAACGGGCAGUAAAAUUUAUUAAGUGCUGUAUAUGUGUAUUAGCUACUGAUGCGAUGGAAUUUUCAUUUAUGAACAAGGCGAACUUUGACAAGGAUUGUUUAUACAACGCGAAUUCGGAGUUUUAUAAUAAUAGUGCCAAUGCCGGACUUUCCGUUGCUAACCACAUGAAUCACUAUAAUCUAAUGAUUGACUCCAGCUAUAAGCUAUGUGCAAACGAGACUGCAAUAAGGGGUUCUUUAAACCAGGAAUCGAGCUUACUAUUUUCCAAAAUCACCACAGUUUCGGAAUUUUACCCAGGAACUCAUAACAUAGCAUCUUAUAACUCGGAUUUCCAUUUAAAAUCUUAUGGAGAUGACGGCUUGAGCUUGACAGAUAAAUCAAAACAGAGAAGGAUACGAACUACUUUUACAUCUAACCAACUAAACGAGCUGGAAAAAAUCUUUUUGGAGACCCAUUAUCCAGACAUCUAUACUAGAGAAGAGAUUGCAUCAAAACUACAUUUAACGGAGGCCCGAGUUCAGGUAUGGUUCCAAAACAGAAGAGCAAAAUUUCGUAAACAGGAGAGACAUGCCAUUUACAUAAUGAAAGACAAGUCCAUUAAAAUGGAUGGCCGAAAGAAUCCUGCAGCCGGCUCCAAAUAUCUAAGUCCAUCUCUAAAGGGAUCGCAAAAUGCCCGUCAAAUGAAAUGCUUAUACGAUCAAAUUUAG